AUGCCAUACCACUUCCCACUCGGGGGCACUAGCCGCCAGCUCACUCCCCUGGUCACUAUCCAUUCUUGUCCCUUCACUCGCGGUCCUGUUAUCAAGUUCGGUGCGCGUAUGGCCUUGAUAAAGCUUCCCAACACCAAUGUCGUCGUCUGGUCCGCUCUCCCGUACGGCCCAGAAGCGGAGCUGUGCUUCGCAUCCAUUGGCAAGCACGCCAAAGUCUCCAAUGUGAUCAUUCCUGAUUUCGAGCACACGAUGGCAGCUCGCGACUACGUUAACCAAUUCCCUGGUGUCUCAGUUGUGGGGAUGGAGGGUGUGGAUGAAUCGCGCGUUACACCGUUAACCGGAGGAAAGUUCACGGCCGAACACGCCAACAAAGUUCUCAAAGGGUCCGAGUUGGCUCAGAUCCUUAAGGGAGAGAACGCCCAGGAUUUGGUGGACAACUUUGAGUUUGUCUACGUUCCUGGUCACCAAAACCAUGAGUUGGUAAUGUUCCACCCUGAGUCCAAGACCUUGUUCGAAGCCGAUUUGCUCUUUAACAUUCAGCCAAAGAGCGAGCAAUACGGAAACAUAAAUCCAACCACAGGGUUGAGUUUCAUCGCGAGAUACUUACAGCCAUAUUCAAAGGUUGGAAACUGGCUCCUCAGCAAGAUUAUCCCUGUGAGCGAAGGGAAUAAGCAGGGUUUGGCUGCUAUCGCGUCCUGGGAGUUUGAGCGAAUUGUGAUGUGUCAUGGUGAGGUAAUCGAGGGCAAACAGGCUAGUAAGCUGGCGUUUGACGCGGCCUUCGCUGGUCACUACAAAUAA